UUCGUAGUAGACUACUUAAAUACAAAAAAAAAGCCACAAAAAGAGUUAAUUUCAAAAUUCCUAGAAUCAAGAUCCUUCAUAUUCGUUCGAUUGAGCUCCAACUAUUUAGAAGAAGAUGCAACAGCACAAAAUGUAAUGGUAGUUAGAUAUUGUUAUAAAACAG